AUGUUCACUCGUUCUGCUAUUGUUGCUCGUAACUUUGGAACUGCUGCCCGUAAGCUGUUCGUGGGAGGAAACUGGAAGUGCAAUGGAUCUAUUGCCAAGGUGCAGGAGAUCGUUUCGACCCUGAACGCCUCCAACCUGAACAGCGAUGCGGAGGUGGUGAUUGCCCCUCCCACCGCUUACCUGCGUGAUACCGUCUCGACUGUGCGCCCCGAUGUGCAGGUGGCUGCUCAGGAUGUGUGGAGCCAGGGCAACGGUGCGUUCACCGGCGAGACCUCUGCUGAGAUGCUGAAGGAUCUGAAGGUCGGUUGGGCGAUCGUGGGUCACUCUGAGCGCCGCGGCAAGGGUGAGUCGGAUGCUGAGGUUGCUACGAAGGCUGCCUAUGCUCAGAAGAACGGGCUGAAGGUGAUCUGCUGCCUGGGAGAGUCUCUGCAGGAGCGUGAGUCUGGCCGCUUCGCUGAGGUGGUGACUCGCCAGCUGAAGGCGUAUGCCGACGCGAUCAAGAACUGGGAUGACGCGGUGAUUGCGUACGAGCCCAUCUGGGCGAUUGGUACUGGCAAGGUGGCGACCCCUGCUCAGGCGGAGGAGGUCCACGCCAUUCUGCGUAAGUGGCUGCGUGAGAACGUGAGCGGUGCUGUUGCCGAUAAGGUGCGCAUCAUCUACGGAGGUUCUGUGAACGCGAAGAACUGCAACGAGCUGGGCAAGCAGGCCGAUAUCGACGGCUUCCUGGUGGGCGGAGCUUCGCUGAAGCCCGAGUUCGUGAACAUCAUCAACGCGAACUCGACGGUGAAGAACGCUGGUCCGGUGAACGUGGGUAUCAACGGUUUCGGUCGUAUUGGUCGUCUGGUGUUCCGUGCCUCGCAGCCGAACCCUCUGGUGAACGUGGUUGCGAUCAACGAUCCGUUCAUCACUCCCGACUACAUGGAGUACAUGAUCAUGCACGAUUCGACCCACGGUCCGUUCCAGGGAACGGUGAAGGCGGAGAAGGACGCGAUCAUCGUGAACGGUCGCCGCAUUGUGGUGUCCAACGAGAUGGAUCCCAAGAAGAUCCAGUGGGGCGCUGCGGGUGCGGAGUACAUCGUGGAGUCGACGGGUGUGUUCACGGCCCAGGAGAAGGCUGCUCAGCACCUGGAGGGUGGCGCGAAGAAGGUGGUGAUCUCUGCGCCGUCGAAGGACGCUCCGAUGUUCGUGAUGGGAGUGAACAACACUUCCUACACGAAGGACCUGAAGGUGGUGUCGAACGCCUCGUGCACGACGAACUGCCUGGCGCCUCUGGCGAAGAUCAUCAACGACAAGUUCGGUCUGAAGGAGGGUCUGAUGACCACGGUGCACGCCGUCACCUCCACCCAGAAGGUGCUCGACGGACCUUCCAAGAAGGACUGGAGAGGUGGUCGCUCGGCCUGCUUCAACAUCAUUCCCUCGUCCACGGGUGCCGCGAAGGCUGUGGGCAAGGUCAUUCCCGAGCUGAACGGUAAGCUGACCGGAAUGUCCUUCCGUGUCCCCACCGAGGAUGUCUCCGUGGUGGAUCUGACCUGCACGCUCAGCAAGCCCGCCACCUACGAGCAGAUCAAGGCUGCCGUGAAGGAGGCUUCCGAGACCUAUCUGAAGGGAAUCAUGGGAUACGUCGAUUACGAUAUCGUCUCUCGCGAUCUCCUCACCUGCCCCUACUCCUCGGUCUUCGAUGCCAAGGCGGGAAUUGCCCUCAAUGAGCACUUCGUCAAGCUCGUCUCCUGGUACGAUAACGAGUGGGGAUACUCCAACCGUAUGGUCGACCUCAUCCAGUACAUGGCCAAGGUGGACCGCUCUUAAAUCCGUCAGUGACCAAACGAGUUCACUGUUCUUUUGUAAAUAGUAGAUUUCGUUUCUUU